GAACACCACCCAGAGCGGAGAAGCCCAGCUGAGCACUUUCAGGGACCCUGUGAAGCAGCUCCAGCCGAGAUGUGCGAGGAGGAGGACAGCACCGCCCUGGUGUGUGACAAUGGCUCUGGGCUCUGUAAGGCCGGCUUUGCGGGGGAUGAUGCUCCCAGGGCUGUUUUCCCAUCCAUCGUGGGACGUCCUCGACAUCAGGGGGUGAUGGUGGGAAUGGGACAGAAAGACAGCUACGUGGGCGAUGAAGCACAGAGCAAAAGAGGAAUCCUGACCCUGAAGUACCCGAUAGAGCAUGGCAUCAUCACCAACUGGGACGACAUGGAGAAGAUCUGGCACCACUCUUUCUACAAUGAGCUUCGUGUUGCCCCUGAAGAGCAUCCAACCCUGCUCACUGAGGCACCCCUGAACCCCAAGGCCAACCGGGAGAAAAUGACCCAGAUUAUGUUUGAGACUUUCAAUGUCCCAGCCAUGUAUGUGGCUAUUCAGGCGGUGCUGUCGCUCUAUGCCUCUGGACGUACAACUGGCAUUGUGCUGGACUCUGGAGAUGGUGUCACCCACAACGUGCCCAUCUAUGAGGGCUACGCCCUGCCCCACGCCAUCAUGCGUCUGGACCUGGCUGGCCGAGAUCUCACCGACUACCUCAUGAAGAUCCUGACCGAGCGAGGCUAUUCCUUCGUGACCACCGCUGAGCGUGAGAUUGUCCGGGACAUCAAGGAGAAACUGUGCUACGUAGCCCUGGACUUUGAGAAUGAGAUGGCCACUGCCGCAUCCUCCUCCUCCCUCGAGAAGAGCUAUGAGCUGCCUGAUGGGCAGGUGAUCACCAUCGGGAAUGAGCGUUUCCGCUGCCCUGAGACCCUGUUCCAGCCCUCAUUCAUCGGGAUGGAGUCUGCUGGCAUCCAUGAGACCACAUACAACAGCAUCAUGAAGUGUGAUAUUGAUAUCAGGAAGGACCUCUAUGCUAACAACGUCCUCUCCGGGGGUACCACCAUGUACCCCGGCAUUGCUGAUCGCAUGCAGAAAGAGAUCACGGCCCUGGCCCCCAGCACCAUGAAGAUCAAGAUCAUCGCCCCUCCCGAGCGCAAAUACUCUGUAUGGAUUGGUGGCUCCAUCCUGGCCUCCCUGUCCACCUUCCAGCAGAUGUGGAUCAGCAAACAGGAGUACGAUGAGGCCGGGCCAUCCAUCGUCCACCGCAAAUGUUUCUAAGGCGCUGCCCUGCUCUCUGUCUGUCUCUAUACACACUGUGAAUGUUCUGUGGAAUAAUGCCUUCAAUUCUUUUCCAAAUCAUUCCUAGCCCAAGCUCUGACUCGUUACCUAUGUGUUUUUUAAUAAAUCUGAGAUAUGUUACCUGUAA